UAGCAACGUGGGAGAAACGACCGUUAGCAUUGUCUUAGUGGAUGUUUCUGGAGAAAAGCGAAACUGCUGGACCAACUUUACGAAAAUACCGAAAAUGACCCUACUUCCCUUCCACGGUUCCACCUUUCGCCAGCUAUUUUUUCCUUUUCCUAAGAAUAAAAGGUGAAGGGGCAUCUCAUUCCUUCUUCCACAUUUGACAAUAAUACCCUCUCCUUCUCUAACCUAUUCACAAAAGACAAAACUACCCCCGUCUCCUCUCCAUAGUAUAAGAAUGCUGCACCGCGACAUGACUAUGUCUAUGUAUGUAGUAGAGAGAGAGAGAGGGACGUAGAGAAUGAGAGUGAUGAUGAAGUGGGCGUCGUUGAAGAAGAAGAAGCAGCAACAAGAGGAGACGGCCAAAGAAACGCAAACAUGGCAGCGAUUAAGGAAUCUGUUUUCUACGUCGUCUUCGUCGGCGAAGUGGAAGCGAGUGGAGAUAAUAAUGGUGACAGAGAUAGUAGACGGAGUAGUUUACAAAGUCAUGUAUGUAGUCGAAGCUCUUGUUCUCGUUUCGACGCUCUGCUUCUUCUACCUUUGUUGUGGAUGCCACAUCUGAUCCUUCUUUUUAUUUCUCUCAUUAUAUUAUUCUUUCCAAUUCAUAUACUAUACUGGGUUUAGUGUUAGCCUCAAUUUUAUACAAAUAAGCUUAAUUA